GGCCGCCCACUCCGGUGAGCUCUCGUGUAGGUUUCACUGCGCUAGCCCCCGACUGCUGCUAGCUACUACGGCUGCGCCUCCUGGUCCCGCGCGUCACCGCUGCCGCCAUGCCGGGUGGGCUGCUUCUCGGGGACAUAGCCCCCAACUUCGAGGCCUAUACCACCGUCGGCCCCAUCCGCUUCCACGACUUUCUGGGAGACUCAUGGGGCAUUCUCUUCUCUCACCCACGGGACUUUACACCAGUGUGUACCACAGAGCUUGGCAGAGCGGCAAAGCUGGCACCAGAGUUUGCCAAGAGGAAUGUUAAAUUGAUUGCCCUUUCAAUAGACAGUGUUGAGGACCAUCUUGCCUGGAGCAAGGAUAUCAAUGCUUACAAUGGUGAUGAGCCCACAGAGAAGUUGCCAUUUCCCAUCAUCGAUGAUAAGAACAGGGACCUUGCCAUCCAGUUGGGCAUGUUGGACCCAGCAGAGAAGGACGAGAAGGGCAUGCCCGUGACAGCCCGUGUGGUGUUUGUUUUUGGUCCUGAUAAGAAACUGAAGCUGUCUAUCCUCUACCCAGCUACCACUGGCAGGAACUUUGAUGAGAUUCUCAGAGUAAUUAAGUCUCUGCAGCUGACAGCAGAAAAAAAGGUGGCCACCCCAGUGGAUUGGAAGGAUGGAGAUAGUGUGAUGGUCGUUCCAACCAUCCCUGAAGAGGAAGCCAAACAACUCUUCCCUAAAGGAGUCUUCACUAAAGAGCUCCCAUCUGGCAAAAAAUACCUUCGCUAUACUCCCCAGCCUUAAGUCUGUGUGCGGUAGUUGGGGCUGCAGCUGCUCACUCAGCACUGUGAACCUAAGGAUAUCAGCUGCUAGUCAUGUUUCCUUGCAGUAGUUCCAUAGAAACAUCCUGGUGUGAUGACAGCCAGGGUCGUAGGGUCACUAUACUACUACUGGCUCAUUAAACGGAAAUGGCACCAAAAUCUCUUGGGAUUCUUUAGCCUGUGCCUUCACCAGCAUUCUCUCCUGUCCUCAGCACCCUAGUGACUAACUCUCUUUGAAAUAGAUUCUCUAUUUGAGAGUCAAAUCUCAUUGGGUCUCUGCAGGGUUUGUCAUCAACAAGGUAGUAUCAGAUGAUAGUUAAGGAAUCUUAAUUUGCUCUGUCAUCAAUUUUCAUAGCUGUCCAAAUUGAAUCUUCUGCUACCCAUUUUGGUGAACAGUAGAACUUGAAAUUAAAUUUCUCUUAAAGACUACAACCCAGGAAUUUAGAGUAACAUGUAUUCUUUAAUACUUGGUGUUUUUAAUCAUUUGGGGAGAAAACUUUUCAAUUCUGUGCUUUUUUAGUAGAUAGCUGAAGUAAGGACAGCAGGAGAGUUCUUUAACUAUUUUGCUGUAAAAAAUGGGUGGUAAGUUUCUGUCAAAUGGGGACUGUGAAAGGCUUCUUUUGCCUGCUGAAGAAGGAGAUGUAUCCAAAGGUGUGAGCAAGGCGGUGCAUGUACCUCAUGGCAUUUCCCUAUGUCAGUCUGUUCUCUGAUGAUGUGUGCCUGUGAACACACCUUGUGAAAAGAGGAGAGGCGAUAGAGAACAUUUUAUUACUGAACUGUCCGAGCAAUAGGCUGCCAUUUUCUGAACUUUGCUUUUUGCAGAUCAACAAAUAAAAUCCUCUGUUGAAACCGGA